AUGUCUGACCAUAUCCAGCGUGAGAGGUCUCGCUCGCCCCGUCGCCGUUCUUCUCGCAGUCCUCCCCGACGCACCCGCCGUUCGUACUCCCCUCGCAGUCGCUCCCGCAGCCGUGUGCUUCCGGAGCAGCUGCCCCAGGCUCUCCUUUCGGUGGACGCAGUGGAUACCCCCCCUGCUCGAUUUGAGGACCGCACCGUUGCCAAGGAGAAUAUGAUGCAGACCGUUCGCGAUUCAUCCCAGCAAGACCGCCGGGUCUAUGUGGGCAACCUUUCGUAUGAUGUCAAGUGGCAUCACCUUAAGGACUUUAUGAGACAGGCUGGAGAAGUUCUCUUUGCCGAUGUUUUGCUUCUUCCUAAUGGAAUGUCGAAGGGAUGCGGGAUUGUGGAAUAUGCAACCAGGGACCAAGCACAAAACGCUGUGAAUACGCUCAGCAACCAGAGCCUGAUGGGUCGUCUUGUUUAUGUUCGUGAGGACCGUGAAUCCGAGCCCCGCUUCAUUGGUGGUCCCCCACGCGGUGAUUUCGGCCCCGGUGCCCGAGGUGGUUUCGGUGGUGGUUUCGGAGGCCCCCAGGUGGUGCUGGUGGCGGUGGCCCUUCCUUUCAAUGUUGGCUGGCAAGACUUGAAGGAUCUGUUCCGUUCAGCUGCCCAGCAGGGUGCCGUCAUUCGUGCCGAUGUGCACACCGACCCUACCGGACGUCCUAAGGGAUCCGGUAUCGUUGCCUUUGAGUCCCCUGAUGAUGCGCGCAACGCCAUUGCGCAGUUUAACGGAUAUGAUUGGCAGGGUCGUCCUCUUGAAGUUCGUGAAGAUCGUUUCGCUGGUGGUGGCCCCGGCUUUGGUGGUCGCGGCGGCUAUGGCGGUGGCUUUGGCGGCCGUGGCGGUUUCGGCGGUCCUAUGGGCGGCCGUGGCGGCUUUGGUGGUCGUGGUGGCUUUGGCGGCGGAUUCGGUGGACGUGGCGGUUUCGGAGGUCCUCCUGGGGGCCACGGUGGUUUCCCCGGUGGAUUUGACCAGGGCGCUCCUCCUGUUCCCUCGGGACCCCCCAACCCUUUCACUGAUUAUGCCACUUCCAAUGGCGAGAAGAGUGCUGUCAUCUAUGUUCGCAAUUUGCCCUGGUCCACUUGCAACGAGGACCUGAUUGAUCUGUUCUCCACCAUCGGAAAGGUUGAGCGCGCUGAGAUUCAGUAUGAGCCAAACGGCCGCUCCCGCGGUACUGGUGUCGUUCAAUUUGACAGUCCUGACACUGCUGAAACUGCAAUUGCCAAAUUCUCUGGCUACCAGUACGGUGGUCGUCCUCUAGGCAUCACGUUCGUGAAGUACAUGAACGCUGGUCCGGGUCCUGAAGAAAUGGAAGGCCAAGAGACAACUGGUCUGACCCAGGACCAGAUCAUGUAA